CAGUGAAAUGUGUUGCCGCGCGAACACACGCGAGCCACGUGUCCAUGACGUUAUGUAUGACUUGGAUGGAUGCGCGACAUCAUUUCGAUGUACAAUGUGUACACAUACACACACGACAAUACGCGUCUGUCGCGAGUGAAACAUUCAAAUGUCCUGCGUCGUUACUUUUCUUCCAAUAAUAAUUGCCGAUUGUUCACGAUAGUAAAGACGUUCGAUCGCAUUCCUAAUUCCGAUUGCGAACUGUGCGCGAAAACCGCACGCAUGUGAUUGAAAAACGUUCAUUGCUUUUGUUUUAAGUACAUACUUACAUGCCAUGUGAUUUUGUUCAACCGUCAUUACUGCAUCUUACACAGAAACUACAAUGUCGACUCUGAAAACAGAUGUCUAUCGUUACUUCGAGUAAAUCUCACGAUGUUUGUCGUGUAUCACGAUACACGGUGCUAGGUACAUAUGAAGGGAAAAGACGACGACAGAUUUUUCGAUUGUGUAUCCUGUACAUGGAUUAGACGCGAUGAAGAUUACGAAAAUGUUUGGGCAAGAUGACGAACAUGAGGAGGACCUGUUUUAAGGGAGGACGUUGCGAUUUGCAAUGCCUUUCCAUUUCAUUGUAUACUCACACUUCUCGAGGCUGUUACGACUUUGAUUUUGCCUAACAAGUAACACGUAACAAUCAUGCGAUUCAACCUUUUUAUACUAGUCGUUACGGUCUUCGGACCGUUCGACACGGUUAUCUGCGAUCAAACAGGACGAUCUGACCAAUUGAAGCCAUCCGGGGAAGAUUAUAAGGAGAAGCUAGAUACACAGUUGAUAUCGGAACAAGAGGAUCCUCUGUUAAUGUUUUCCACUUUGGACGGUUCUCUCAUUGGUGUGGAACAACGAGCUGGGAAUGUGCUUUGGAAGCAAAACGAUGAACCGAUAGUCAAGGUACCGGUUGAUCUUGCAAGAGCUUCUGCGCCUAUGUUCUUACCAGAUCCGAAGGAUGGCUCCCUAUAUGUGUACGGGGCAGAAACGGAUGCUCUGAAGAAACUGCCAUUCACCAUUCCACAACUCGUGGCCAACAGUCCCUGUCGCAGCAGCGACGGGAUAUUAUACACCGGUAGAAAAAUCGACACGUGGUUUGGGGUCGAUCCUAGAACCGGCGAAAGGGAGCAGCUUCUAGGAUUUGAUACGGCCAAGAGUACUUGCCCCAUAAAGUCGCAAAACGUCGUUUUCAUGGGACGCACGGAAUACAAUAUUAUCAUGGUCGACAGCAAGCAAAAGAAUAGAAAAUGGAACGUUACGUUCUACGAUUAUUCUGCCGCGAAAAUGGAACCGGAAGGAAUAGAGAAUUACGACCUGGUUCAUUUUACGACGAGUUCGACUGGUCGCGUAGUCACCGUGGACAGGAGAUUAGGAAUCAUGUUAUGGGAGCUGGACCUCGAGAGUCCCGUGACAGCGCUGUAUCUCGUAAAAGACGACGGCUUGAUAACAGUUCCUUUUACGAGCGUUGCCGAUGAAACUCUGGACCUUCUAUUGAAACGUUUCGCGAACAAACCAAGUGACAUUCAGCUCUAUCCAACAUUGUACAUCGGCCAGCAUAGGCACGGACUUUACGCGCUACCGUCUCUCGUCGAUUCGACGACGGCUACGAUUUCAAGCAGCGUCGGUCAGUUGUUGCUCGAAGGUCCGUUGCCUGUUCCACAAUUAGACGAUAGACAAAUAGACGACAACCGAGACGUUCCUGUGUCUGACGAUGGCGAAUACUUGAGCACCACGGACUCUACUGUUCGGUCUGACGACGAGUAUAAGUCUGUCAUAGCACUAGGUCAUUACGAGAUACCUGCUGAAUAUAAAUUACAAGAUCAGCAGCCGCUUCAAAUCACCGGACGGUCCGAUCCUGUGAUCGACUCGUUACCCUUACGAUAUCUGAAUUCGACGAAACGAUCGUUGUUCGGAUUGCGAUACGGGGACGAAUUUAACAACGGUACGAGCAACAGGUCUUGGCGCGAGGUCGUACGGAGCGCGUACACCAUCAGCAAGAACUGGCUCAGUCAACAGGAGAACAAAGGAUUGAAAUUGACGCUGAUCGUAUUGCUAGGAUGCAUACUAGCGAUGUUCUGGUAUUUGAACGCACAAUUCAAAGAGUUUCAACAGCUCUCACAGGGCUCUCGAGAAAAUAGUCGUACGAACGAUUAUUAUGGAACGCGGUCAAACCCCCUCGUGAUUCCAGAAGACAUGGGAGAGGGGGUGGUGAAAGUUGGUAAGAUAACUUUCGAUACAGGACAAGUUUUGGGCAAAGGGUGCGAAGGAACGUUUGUGUACAGAGGCGAGUUCGACGGACGCUCCGUAGCUGUGAAGCGCCUCUUGCCCGAUUGCUUCACGUUCGCCGAUCGAGAAGUGGCGCUCCUCAGAGAAUCAGACGCACACGCCAAUGUUGUGCGUUACUUCUGCACUGAGCAAGACAGGAUGUUCAGGUAUAUCGCGUUAGAACUAGCCGAAGCAACGUUGCAGGACUACGUUGGAGGGAAGUACGACAAGCGAAAGAUAUCCGCAAAAAGUAUUUUACGACAGGCCACUUCGGGUUUGGCGCAUUUGCACCUUCUCGACAUCGUGCACAGGGAUAUCAAACCGCACAACGUGUUGUUAUCCGCACCGGGACCACGUGGGGAAGUAAGAGCGAUGAUAUCGGACUUUGGCUUGUGCAAGAAACUUCAACUGGGACGUGUGUCAUUUUCACGAAGAUCGGGUGUGACGGGAACUGACGGUUGGAUCGCACCGGAGAUGUUAAACGGAGACAGGACCACUUGUGCCGUGGACAUAUUUUCCUUGGGCUGUGUGUUUUAUUACGUUCUUUCCGAUGGGAAACACCCGUUCGGAGAUCCGUUACGGCGUCAAGCUAAUAUUCUUUGCGGUGAAAGCGAUUUAAUGGCACUACACGAUGGAAUUUCACGGAACGAUAAGGAACUAGCGUUAGUUCUCAUAAAAGCGAUGAUAUCGAGCAAUCCAUCGGAACGGCCGCCAGUAACAGCUGUCUAUGAUCAUCCGAUAUUCUGGGAACCCGCGCGAAUUCUUGGUUUUUUCCAGGACGUGAGCGACAGGGUGGAGAAGGAGCAGGUCGAUAGUCCGGCUUUACUUGCACUAGAAUCGGACCACGAUCGAGUGGUGCAGGGAGACUGGAGGUUGCUCAUCGACGUGGAAGUUGCCACGGAUCUUCGAAAGUACAGGAGUUAUCGGGGCGAAAGCGUCAGGGAUCUGUUAAGGGCAUUGCGAAAUAAGAAACAUCAUUACAGAGAAUUGAGCCCACAGGCUCAAGAGAGCCUCGGUGAUAUACCUGAUAAGUUCACGAAUUAUUGGCUGUCAAGGUUCCCCUGCCUGCUCUCGCAUGUCUGGUGCGCUAUGCAAGCCUUUCGCGACGAGCCAACGCUGAGGAAUUAUUAUCACGCCGACUACGUCUUCGCAAACAUUUUUGAGCCGGAGUCGGCGCAGACCAUUAGAAACGCGUACUCGACCAGCAGUUACGCGUUACCAAAUAAUUCUUGGAGAGUCAAGGACGACAUCGAUUGGAGCCCGAACAGGGCGAGGUAUCGAGGUCAACGAAAGAAACAGGACAAGAAGAAGCUUGACGUACCGCUUACUUGGACGUUACCCACCAAUUGAAGAUAUCGCUGACUCGAAACGAGUUUGUAAAAAGAUUUUAGAGUGAGCGAUGAGACUAAUUGAAGAUAAUUUGUACAUAAUGUGAUACGUCGAUGGAGGACAUUUGUAUAAAAAGAGAAAAAAACGAAAUAAAUACAGUCUAUGCUAUAAGUAACAGA